GAUUUUACUGUGAAAGCUUCCCUAAAAAUGCAUCAGGUCAUCCACACCGGAGAGAGACCGUUCAGCUGUGGAGACUGUGGAAAGUCUUUUACCAGGUCUGGAAGCUUAAAAAGACACCAACUAAUCCACACUGGAGAGAGACCAUUCAGCUGUGACGAGUGUGGAAACUCUUUUACCCACUCUGGAAGCUUAAAAACACACAAACUCAUCCACAGUGGAGAAAGACCGUUCAGCUGUGACGAGUGUGGAAAGUCUUUUACCACGUCUGGACACUUAAAAACACACAAACUCAUCCACAGUGGAGAGAGACCGUUCAGCUGUAGAGACUGUGGAAAGUCUUUUACCAGGUCUGGAAAGUUAAAAACACACAAACUCAUCCACACCGGAGAGAGACCGUUCAGCUGUGACGAGUGUGGAAAGUCUUUUACCGAGUCUGGAAGCUUAAAAACACACCAACUCAUCCACACUGGAGAAAGACUGUUCAGCUGUGGAGACUGUGGAAAGUCUUUUACCGAGUCUGGAAACUUAAAAAGACACCAACUCAUCCACACUGGAGAGAGACCGUUGAGUUGUGGAGACUGUGGAAAGUCUUUUACCGAGUCUGGAAACUUAAAAAAACACCAACUAAUCCACACUGGAGAGAGACCGUUCAGCUGUAGAGACUGUGGAAAGUCUUUUACCCACUCUGGAAGCUUAAAAACACACCAACUCAUCCACACUGGAGAGAGACCGUUCAGCUGUGACGAGUGUGGGAAGUCUUUUACCACGUCUGGAAGCUUAAAAACACACCAACUCAUCCACACUGGAGAGAGGCCGUUCAGCUGUGGAGACUGUGGAAAGUCUUUUACCGAGUCUGGAAGCUUAAAAAGACACCAACUAAUCCACACUGGAGAGAGACCAUUCAGCUGUGACGAGUGUGGAAAGUCUUUUACGCGCAUUUCACACUUAAAAUCACAUCAACUCAUCCACAGUGGAGUUAAAGCGUACACCUGUGAUCAGUGUGGCAGAGCUUUUACUCACAGUAACAGCUUACAGAGUCAUCUAGUUACCCACUCUGGAAUUAAGGCGUACAGCUGUGACAUUUGUGGAAAAACUUUCAGCCGGAUAGACAGCCGUAACAUUCACCUACGCAUUCACACCGGACAUGAUGUGUACAGCUGUGAUGAGUGUGGUAAACAGUUUACCACAAACAUAGAGUUACGACGUCACAUGUUUACCCACACUGAGGAACGACCUUAUAAAUGUGACCUGUGUGAGAAGACUUUUAAAUCUCCACGUUACCUGAAAGCACACCAACAGAUCCACACCAGAAAGACUCUACAAGUGCAGUUACUCUGA